AUGAUAAACUCGUUUCUUUUAUUCAUAAUUGUUUCCAAAAGUCCUGGUAAUCUCUCACCAUAUCGCAUCUUUCUUGCGAAUACUGCUAUUAGUCAAGUCCUCUCUGGAGGCUUACAAAUCAUAGUGAUUUAUCUCGGACCAAGUCGUUUCCUGGGGAAGGAUGUUUGCCGUAUGUCCUAUACAGCAAUGUGUGAGUUCAAGAGAAAAUGUUAUGAUUAUCGUAGUGAAUGGAAUUUUUCAGUGCAUUUUACUCUUAACGCUUUCCUGUCGUGGAUGAUUUCGAUGGUUUAUCGAUGUGUUGUCUUACACGUGAGUGUAAUAAAAACAAGAACAGUGAUAUUGAUGUGCCUGACCGCCUAUAUGAUCCCUGUCUCGAUGAUGGUACGAUUGUCUAGUACUUUUUAA